UCUAGAAGAUGUGGGAGCCUCAAGCUCUCACAACUCUAUGGGCAUCCACGGCCUGUUUAAAAGACCACUUCUAUGUAGAAUGUAAGAUAAUGAGACUACCUAAGUUAGCUGUCUGUCUGAUAGCAGUAACUAAACUACUGUACUAAUGUGCACAUGUAGCUUGUGUUUUUUUUUAUAGAAUUGGAACUGCUCAAACAUAGUAUAUUGCCCAAAUUGCUUAUAUUAUGAAAUUUGUCAGUACAUUGAUGGGAAAGAGAGGGAAUAGCAUAUCAUCUUGUGUAAGAACAACAGUUUACUGAUGUUAGUGCAGUGUUUGCUGAUAUGCUUCAUUACUGAUCACUGAAGUAGCUGAAAUUAAGAUUUCAUGACUGGUUUCUAUCUCAGGAUUGUGGCUUCACAAUUAAAUCAUGUUGAAUCUUCAAGUUCUGUAGCCAGAGUAUUGGUCACAGUUUGGAUGUAAUAUUUUUUGUGUUUCGGUACUGAUUUAUUUUUUCCUCUGUUUAGUGCUCCUUUUUUUCUCAUUUGUUUUUCAUUUAAUGAUACUGUAAGUGGCUCAUACUACUACUAUACAGUGUUCAAUAAUUAAGUGAUAAGGAAUAAUGAAUUGGAAGGAAUGUGGAAGAAAAAAUCAUCAUAUUGAAAGGUGAUAGCCUUGAAUUUGCCAAGGACUGAGAAAAACCAUGAUAAACUGCAGACAGUAUAGUUGGUGUCUGACCAAGAUUUGAUCUUGGCAUGUUUCUAAUACAAGUCAAAAGCAUUACUGCACGCCAUUUUGCAUAUUAGCUUCCUUUCUUUUACCAGUCUACGUAUUGUAUGACUAUAUUCUUUACUACCAUACAUUUUUUCUCAUUUCCCAGUUAUAGUUUAAUAAACUAGACUACUUUUUGCCAGACUCUGUACAGCCAUUAGUACAGUUCUUCUAUUAAUAUAGUCUCACUUUUAUACACAGAACUAAUACACAUUUUACAUAAAUCAUGAGACAUAUCAUGAAAUGGUACAUAUUUGAUUAUCCUUUCUUCCACAUUGUAAGAAAAAAAGAAAAAAAAACACAAACACCCAUGUGGUAAAGAUAAUCAGUUAUCUUGUAUAUCUUAUUAUCUUGUAAGGGGAAAGUGUGACAUUUCUCAUGCAUUAUCAGCUUUUUCAUUGUGUUGUUUCAAGAACUGAUAACCAUGACAAACAUUAAUCUGAUGAAACUUCCUGUCAUUACUUCAGUGUACAGGUGACUGAUCCCCAGUAAACUGUUCUUUGGGGUUAUCAGGCUUGUCUGCAUCUGUCCAGAGUAAUUUCUGUAGGAAAGUAAUUUUUGAGCUAACCACAGACUCUUUAAGUAAUAACAUCAGCUAUUGAAUGUGAAGUAAUGGGCUCUAAUGCAACACAUAUGAUUGAUGAGAACCAGCUGGAGGAAUAUGUCAAACUCUCAUACCUGAAGAAGGCUGAAAUACAACAUAUCUGGAAGCAUUUCUAUGCUAUGGACCCUGACCGAGUAAGUAGAAACUAUUGGUGCUAUCUUCCAGUUACAUAUCUUGAAGAGCUCCUGCCUCAGCUAAAGGUAAACCCCUUUGUAGAUCGUUUAUAUGAUGUCUUCUUUCCAAAACGGGAUCAGAAUGGGGAAAUUUAUUUCUCCUUUGAAGACAUGUUGGAUAUCUGUUCUGCACUGUCACCUCAGUGCCCUGACAAAGUAAAAGCUAUGUGGGCAUUCAAGAUCUUUGAUUUCAAUAAUGAUAACUAUAUUGGUGAAGAUGAUCUCUUGAUAAUAAUUGACAGACUGACAUUAAAGAAGCAACUGUCAUACUCGGAAAAGAAGAAAAUUAUUGAAAUUAUUCUGAAAGAAGUGGACCUUGGUAAGUCAGGUGAUAUUUCAUCACGGGAAUUUGUUCAUGCUAUCACCAAAAUGCCAGACUUCACCACAUGUUUCCAGUUGAAGGUGUAAACCAAAGUUUCUGGUUUUUAAUCCAAUUUCUUAAGAAUGCAUAAACUUAACAUUAUAUUACUGUACUAUGUAAUAGUCAAACAAUAAAUGAGAGUCAACAUUUUGCACUGCAUGAAGCCACUGAAUCACAGAAAGUUGAGGCUGAAUAUAGUACCCAGCAAUAAAAAAGAAAAUGUAUGCUCCAUAUUUAGAUGGUGUUUAUCUUUGUAGCUUUCAUAGUCAUUUCAAACAAGUUCCAAGAUGGAAAUUGGAACAUUGAGUGAGGCUCAUGACUGGUUAAGGCAGUCCAUAUAUAGAAAUAGAAUGCUUCGGCUGUAACAGUUUUCAUUGAUCCCUAGGGUAUUUUGCACUUGAGUUCCAAAAUGGUAGGGAGGUGGGCUUUCUGUGUCAUUUAGUUAACUUGUUGCAUAUGUUUGCAAUCAAUGUAUAGUUUCUUUCCUUCGACUUCCAAGAAAAUGGUGGGUUGAAAGAGCCAUGGUGUAAGUGCAAAUAAGGCCACUCUGUGUGCAGCAGCAAGCUAUUUUAAACAUCCACACAAAAUAUCAAAAUAAGUGCUUUCAUGAUAUUCUUUCCUGAUAAGUUUAAACCAUCAGUGGUCAGUGAAGAGUUGACGGUGGAUACAUCAUUGAUUUUAACUGGUAGAGAAUCAGGUCGUUGUGUAUACUGUUACAUUAUUGGUUUGGAAUGAAUGAAUGAAUAUUAUUAGCAGGUUACAGAAUCUGUCAUGCUAGGUUGCAAAUGUGUAGUUUGUUAUAUAUUCAGCGGUCCCAGAUUUUGAAUUCUAAUGGUAGCUAUCCUGAUGUAUAAGCCAUAUGUUAUAACAGUAACAUUGAGUCUUUUAUUUAUCUCAACAUAUACAUUCGAUGUGAAACACUUUGAUGUAAAUUGUUCAGUUUGGAAAAGUGAAAAGAAAUGGGUGUUAUCAACACAGGGAACAUGUUCUUCUAAGCACUUUAUAAGAAAUGUCUGAAAAUUGGAUAACUGGAGUUUUUUUAAGUUAAUCAAGAAUCUGUACUUGAUAUUUUAAAUGUAAGACUUCUAGAUUAUGAAAAGUAUACACUGUGAAAAGAUGUAUCCUUCUGCACAUAAUCACUGCAGCUGUCAAGACAUAUCAGUGAAGAAUGGUUUCCAGUGUUAUCCUAAUGCAAUUUCAUAUCUUUAAGUUAACUUCUUGUAGACCACAGUUUGAAAAACAUAAUCUGCAGCAACAAUUUAAAAGAAAUAUGUGUUUAAAAACAUUUCUGCAGGGACUUUGAAAAGUAGUGUGGAAGGGUACAUCUGUAAAGCCUUUAGACCAUUAAAGGGCUGUUGAAGAGUUUCAACGAUUUUAAGUUUAAUAUCUAUAAAGUAUAGAAGUACUAACAUAUCAACCCUUUGCCAAGCUAUGCAAAUUCAA